GCGCUUGCAGCCUCCCGGGCUGCCGGGAGGCCGCUGGGCCCACGUUCUGACAGAAAACGCGGGCCUCUUGGUGCAGCGACGCAGCUCCCUAGCUCUAGAAGUUUCCACGUGACCUAUGCGCGCGUUCUGUUCACUCUGAGCCGAGAGAGAAGAGAUUGUGAUGGCGAGUCACGUUGUAAAACCGGACACUAGAAAUUGCAAGAGACCAAGAGAGCUGGAGCCUCAAAUGCCACAUAGUCCACAUCUGUCCUCUCUUGGAAAAUCAGAUUCCUCUUUCUCUGAACACUCUGGACUAUUUUAUAAAGAUGAAUCCCUGGAGAAAGGUUUGAAUGAUACGAGCAAUGAAAUUAAUCUACUGUUGUCUACAUAUGCAAAGAUCUUAAGUGAGAGAGCAGCAGUAGAUGCGUCUUAUAUUGAUGCGAUAGAUGGACUCUUCAAAGAAGCCAAUACUAUUGAAAACUUUCUAAUACAAAAAAGAGAGUUCCUGAGACAGAGAUUUACAGUGAUUGCAAACACACUGCACAGAUAAGAUUGUGUAUUUAAAAUAAGAUGAAAAUUUAAGCCCAUUAUUGUUGUGUUAAAAGAAUGACAUUUAUGCUUUGAAAGUUCUCUAGUUAUUAAAGAAAAUAAAAGUGUAAAUUAAUUUAAAUUAUAUGUAGGGUUUUUUUUUUUCUUAAACUUCCUAGCCUUUCUUAAAUUUCUAAAAGAGGACUCAAUGAGUUAAUUUGAUAAUGUGUAACAAUAUUGCACUUUUUCUUUUGGAAUACUCUGUCUAAAUAGCAGAUAGGUAGCUAUGGAGAUAGUUUUAAAAUGUUUUUCAUGGUCAGUAUCAUAAAAAAAACUAAAACCUAAAGAUAAUUUGUCUAGUGUCACAAUAUGUAGUAAAAUAUAGCUAGGCUAUUGCUAUUUAUGUUACCAUUUGAUUAUUUUCACUAUUAGUUACAGCAUAUGACUAAUAAAAAUUCUUGGUUUAAAAUUAUUUUCUUGUGGUAAAAGUGAUAAAAUAAAAACAAGAAAUUACUAACCAGAA